UCCCUCUGUUAACACGCCCACAGCCUCUCUCUUUCUCUUUCAGGCUUACCUGGAUUAUAAAUUUAGGAUACUGGAGCAAGACCUACUAGACCUGGACUGCACAAGUCACUAGGAGCAAGCUAUGGCGUUGGACUUUCUCUCAGAAGCCAACUUAUGUGGUCAAACCAUUCUGAAGUUGGUCAGUAGAGGCAAUGCUAUCAUAGCAGAGCUGCUCAGACUGGGGGAUUUUAUUCCACCUAUUUUCAAGCUUGAGAACAGGAUGGACGUGGAGAGAUACAAGUUUAUCAUUCCUGACUUUCACUAUUUUGAGUGCCCCGAGUUCUAUGAGAACAAGAUUGAUGGUAGCCCGGAUCUUCAAGAUCGUGAUGAGGAAUUCCGUGAGAACCACGUGGAAAUUGUGACCCGAUUCUACAAGGCCUUUGAGAGCAUCCAUAAGUAUGUGAUCGACCUCAACCGUUUCUUGGAGGACCUGGAGGAAGGAGUGCACAUUCAGCAAACUCUGGAAAAUGUCCUUCUGAACGAUGACGGGAAACAGCUGCUGAGUGAAGCGCUUUUCCUAUACGGGAUCAUGCUACUCGUUGUGGACAUGAAAAUGGAGGGACCAGUCAGAGAGAGAAUGUUGGUGGCGUUCCAUCGCUAUAGUACCCAGCAGACAAGCAUCGACUCUAACAUUGACGAUGUCUGCAAACUACUACGAAGCACCGGCUAUGCACGGACACCAGUUAUCAAGAGACCUCUGAAAUAUCCCGAAGACUUCUUUUGUCGUGUACCGAUAUCUCAGACGUACAUUGACAUGGUGAUAGGACGACUGAGGUCUGAUGACAUCUAUAACCAGAUUGCUGCCUACCCUAACCCGGAGCACCGUAGUACUGCCCUAGCAACACAGGCCAGCAUGCUCUACAUCAUCCUCUACUUUGCCCCACACAUCCUCCACUCCCAGCAGGCACAGAUGAGGGAGAUAGUCGACAAGCACUUCCCCGACAACUGGGUGAUCUCGAUGUAUAUGGGCAUCACAGUGAACUUGUUGGAUGCUUGGGAGCCCUACAAAGCCGCCAGAACUGCUCUGGCCAACACUCUCCAGCCCACCAACAUCACUGACCAGGCACAAAGGUUUCUGAGGAAGAUACCAGCACUCAACAAGCAGGUGGAGGGCUACCUGACAGAGGGCACACUAGUGGAGGACUACGUGCUGGACAGUGUCUCCAAACUCAUGGGUUGUAUCAGGGACUGUAACUCCACCCUCAGAUGGGUCAUGCUGCACACUGCCCCCGUGGCCGAUCACCAUCGUCGCUGCAAGCAGAUACGUGAGGAGGUGAUUGCCCUCGGUUACAACCCGAGGCUCUACUUUGUGUUCCUGCUCAACACUGCUCAGUUUGAGUUCAUGUUGAAAGAGAUGUUCAAGAAGCUACUGAUGGAGAAGCAGUCCAAAUGGGAGGCUUAUCGGAAGGAGGGCUCAGAGAGGAUGACUGAACUAGGGGAGGUGUUCUCUGGUACCAAGCCACUCACCAGAGUGGAGAAGAAUGAGCACUUGCAGGAGUGGUUCACGGAGAUGGCCUCACAGAUAUCCUCCCUCAGUUACGAUGACGCCACCUCUGCCGGCAGGAAGAUCACUCAGAUUAUAGCCGCCCUCGAAGAGGUUCAAGAGUUCCACCAGCUGGAGGCCAACAUGCAAGUGAAGCAGUUCCUCGAGGACACCAAACGCUACCUCAUACAAAUGCUCAGGACCGUUAACAUAAAAGAUGAGGCACUCAACAAUCUAGAGCUGAUAGCAGACCUCUCUUAUGCCUGGAUCCUAGUGGACAGCUACACGCCUUUCAUGCAGGACUUCAUCAAACGCAAACCUGCCCUCGUCAUUAAGCUCCGAGCAACAUUUCUCAAACUAACCUCCGCUCUUAACCUUCCCUGUCAAAGAAUUGACGAAGCAGGUAGUCCCGAUCUAGCCAGUGUGUCAGCGUAUUACUCCAGGGAGCUGGUCAGCUACACCAGAAAGGUCCUGCAGAUUAUCCCUGAGUCAAUGUUCACAGUGCUCCACCAGAUCAUAGCCAUCCUCACCCAUCGAAUGAAGGAGGUCCCCACAAGACUGGACAAGGACAAGAUGAAAGAGUUCGCUCAGCUGGACGAUCGCUAUGCUGUUGCAAAGUUGACUCACGACAUCUCAGUGUUCACGGAGGGUAUUCUACUCAUGAAGACCACUCGGAUGGGCGUGAUUCAGGUGGACUCCAAACAGCUGCUCGAGGACGGUAUUCGGAAGGAGCUUGUCAAACAAGUUGCAGCUGCUCUGCACUCUAGUCUCAUUUUCAAUCCUAAGGCCAAGACUUUAGAGCUGGAACCGAAGCUGAAAGUACUGGCCGAGCAGAUGAGUGGUUUUCGACGUUCAUUUGAGUACAUUCAAGACUACGUCAAUAUCUACGGACUCAAGAUCUGGCAGGAAGAGGUGUCCAGGAUCAUUAACUACAAUGUGGAGCAAGAGUGCAACAGCUUUCUGAGAACAAAGGUGCUGGACUUCCAAUCCCUGUUCCAGUCACGGACUAUUCCGAUUCCACUAUUCCAACCAGUCGAUUCUCACUCUGUGACAUUUGUAGGGAGAUUAGCCAAUGAGAUUCUCCGGAUCACCGAUACCCACACCACUUCCUUCAUUGAGCAGAGGAGUGCCUGGUAUGACAAACGAACUAUGCAGGAGGUCCUCAACAUCAAGAUAUGGGAGAAACUCAAGGGUGCCGUGGACAUAUUUGGACUGAGUGCUUUAGAUCGUCUCUUCUGCUUCAUGAUAGUACGAGACCUGCAACAGUAUCUCAAGUACCUGCGUCGAAACUUAGUCAAGUCUCCUGCUUUCAUUAAGUCUAUGAGUAGCUUCAUCAGCAUUCUCGGAGAACCAGAGAAUCUCAUUGGCAAUGCCACCAAGGUGUACUCCCAAACAGUGCAACAGUGCAACAAGCUGUGGGGGCCCUAUCUAGAGUGUGCCCUGAGGGUGGGACAGAUCCAGCUGAUCCGGAGACAGAUAGCCUACGAGCUGAACAAGUCUUGCAAGUUCGACUCAAAACUGGUCUGCAAUUCUCUACAGACUUUCAACAGUUCACUCCUCACACGAGUGGAGGCCCACUACCGUGACCCGGACGCCAACCCGUACCCUGGAGGAGAGAGUGAGGCCGUGUUUGAUGAGCUCACCCCCUAUCUGGAGACAGCUGGCAUCAACGAGCCUCUCACUAAGAUUUAUGCCACAACAAAAGCGGUGGAGAAGUUUGGAGCAGUUCAUUUUCUGUUCAUCAUCUCACAGCUGCCCAAACUCAUGUACAGCAAAAGUGUCGGGAGCAUGGUCUGCCGAAAGUCGACUGACCAGUUAGACGGGCCCGCCCUAGUGGCCGGAUGUAUCACUCUCCUGCGCCAGUUCCACUCUGACAAUCGGGAGAUGUUCCUCGCCUACAUGGGCCAGUAUGUCCGCUCCAUGGUGGAGUCACAGUCCUCUGGAAAAGACAAGACUGCUGACCUGAGCCCUGAUGUAGUGAACGCCCUGUACUUCCUGGAACAGUUUGUUCAUUAUGGAAACCUUCCGAGAAAAGCCAUCGAAAAAUACAUUCCUAGUUAUAUUUUCGACGAGUUUAAGCAUGCAACCAGUUGACAGUUUUAACUACUUAUAUAUACUAGCUAUAGAUUUUCACAAGCAGGUUCUUAUUGAGUUGUGUGUGUGCAUAAAUAAUUUAUGUCAAUGUCUUCGUGUGUUGUGCAUCAAUUGAAAAUGAUCGUCAAUCGA